AGAAAAAAGCCCAAGUUUUAAAAUGUGGAAAAUGGCAAUGAAAGAAGUCUUUUACAAAGUUUAGCAAAAAAAGGAUAAUUAGAAAUGUGUCAAUGGCUUGUUGACGAAGCAGUGGUUGACGUCAACAUUUUACGACCAAGUGGAGAACCAACUGAUUGGUCAAUGGAUAAUAAUUUCGACAUGGACCAUUUCUUAAUUCUGCAGAAGAGUGACAUUAACAUGGCAGAUGAAAGAGGAAAAACUGCUCUUCACUGCGCUGCGGAACAUGGAUAUCUUGAGCGUGUUGAAGAGUUGAUCCAAUCUGGCGCAAAUAUUCGAGCUGUAGACGAAAAUGGAUGGAAUGCAUUUCAUUUUGCUUGCAAAAGUGAAAGUGAACAUCAUGAAAAAGUGAUUCGAUUGUUGCACAGCACGGAUAGUCAGCUGGCCAAGGAUAAAACCAAAAGCGGGCAAACAGGGCUGCAUAUUCUUCUGCAAGUCAGCAAUUUCUCUGUUGAGAAAGCGCGUUUCCUGGUCGAAGAUAUUGGAGUUGACGUACGAGCAGAAGACAAUAAAGGCCGCACCGUGUUGCGUAUUGCACAUUGCAAAGGAAGAAAGGUUGACUAUUUGAUGAGAAAAGAUAUCAACCUGGAAGUCAAAAACAAACGAGGGCUAACGUGCCUUCAUCUAGCCGCGUUAAUGGGCGAUUUAGAGGCCUUACAAACUUGGAUAGAUCUUGGUGGAGACUUGAAUGUGGUAGACAAUGAAAGAUUGACUGCGUUACAUAUUGCCGCUAAAAGAGGUCAUUUGCAAUUUGUGAAAAUGCUUUUAGCCUAUCAGGCCGAGGUAGCAAGAAAUCCAGACAUUGGUGAGGGAUCUGUUGGAUCAGCACUGAAAGAGGACGUGAGAGUGAACACAUGUGACAAUCGAGGAAGGACACCUCUGCACCUUGCUGCUGAAUCAGGAAAUGUUGAUUUGGUAAAAUUAUUAAUUGAAAAUGACGCAGAUUUAACUCUAACAAACAUCCAAGGAAAAAAUGCAUUACACUUUGCUAUCAAGGACGAAAAAGUUUUACGACUCAUGAACGAGAAGAACGGAUCUCUUGUGAAACAGCGAUUAAAAGACGGAAACACAUCUCUGCACCUGGCAUUGGAAUCCAAUAAUGUAGGGGACGAUGGCAUCAUACGCUGGAUUUUAGAGCAAGGCAACAUCGAUUUGAAUGCGAAAAAUGAUUUUGGCGAUACACCACUUAUACUGGCUUGCAAACGUAUGAAAUGGAGUGUCUCCGAAAUGCUGCUGACCAGAAAUGUUGAGGUCAAUGUCUCGAACAAGAAGGGAAAAACCGCAAUGCACUACGCCGCAAAAAAAGGAAACUUGUCUUUAGUGAAGCUGAUGCAAGGAAAAGGUGCGGAUUUUACUCUAACAGACAACAAAGGAUUGAACACCUUGCACAGAGCAAUGGUUAACUUCGAGAUAUUUUUAUUUCUUCACUAUUUGGCCAUAAGGUCUUGCUGCUGCAUUGAAUUAAUAAAUUGGCUAGUUGAACAAUGUCAAGUUGACUUAAAUUUGGCAAAUAGUGAGGGUGAGACACCCCUUCUACUGGCUUGCAAGAUGAGAGGCUGCCCAGAAUUCACGUCCUGA